AGUUGAACAGGGAAACUUCGUUCUUCCUAUAAGCGAUCGGUUAUACGGCACAGAAAUGAGAUUCUUUAUCUUCUUUUUUCUGACAUUUCAAGGGGUGAAGGUUGAGGAAAUCCAAAUCUCAGGGUACAUAGGUGAUAGUGUUACAUUGCCAUCAAAAGCCGACCCAUCCUGGGUUUUAUCCAAAGUUGACUGGUCAAUAUUCACGAACAACACCUGGAUUGCCACCUUUGACAACGGUAAAAUAAAUACAGAUCGUCGUACAGAAUACAAAGGGAGGCUCACUCUUGAUGGCACCUCAGGCGAUUUAACCAUUUCUAACCUGACCCAAAGAGAUGCCAUGACUUACACUGUAGAUCUCGUCAAUAAAAACAAUGUGGACAAAGUCAACAAGAUUAUUCUAACUGUGAAAGAACACCUUCAGCAACCAAAAAUCACCAAGAUCCAUUUUCCAGCAACAACAGAUGGCUGUACUUUCGCCCUCAAGUGUUCUUCUCCAGAUGAUGGUGUUGAUUUCACCUGGGAUGUUAAACCUUCAUGUCCUCAUUGGAGCAGUUCCCAAACUGGUGCAUCAGAGCUUGUAGUAUUAUCGUCAAGCUCUGUAAAUGUUAACUGCACUGUCAGGAGAAAAGAGGAGAAGAAAACAACUGUUUGGGAAUCAAGUUGUAAUGGUCCCAAGGAAUCACCUAAAUGUGUACGGGGAUAUGGUUGGGUGGCCGCCAUUGUAGUUUUUGUUGUAGCGGUCAUAGUCCUUUGUAUGAAAGGUAAGAGAAAAUUAUUCAAAUUAUUUAUGUAAUUUUUACUUUAAAGG